AUGGACUCUCCAACAAACUCCACAACUUCGGAAAAAAGCCGCGACGGACCGCGGAAGUACGCGUACAACCACGAAGGCGCCCUCUCCGAGAAGUAUGCCCAGGAGUCUGUCGGCAACAACCCCAAUGCCUCGCGUGACAAUGUCCUCACCGUCUUUGCCCAGUUGGCUGCAGUUCGCAUGAAUGCCCAGCGUGCGAUGAUCUCCUUGUUUGACAGAAAGCAGCAGUAUGUCAUUGCAGAGGCCACACCGAGAUGUUGUCUGCGCGGCGAGAGUGGCCGCGAUCAGGCUGAUGGCUUAUGGCUGGGUGUGGGCCAGUUUCCGCGGCAGCGGAUCCCCAUGUGCUACCACGCGAUGAAGUCGUUUAUUGACGAUGAGAGUGAUUUUUUUGUCGUUAAUGAUCUCACCAAGGACGAACGGUUCUGCGACCACUCGUGCGUAACGGGUCAUCCGCACAAUAGGUUCUAUGUUUCCGUGCCCAUCCAGUCGCCGGACGACUAUAUCAUCGGAGCUGUGGCGGUUCUGGACAAUAAGCCGCGUGAUGGUAUUUCUGGUGAGCAGGAGCGUUUCCUCUCGGAGCUCGCGGCUACAGUGAUGGAUCAUCUACUUUCACAACGCGCAAUGCGGGAAGAGUACCGAGAAGAAAAGAUGGUCCGCGCUCUUGGACUGUUCGUCAAAGGCAAAUCGCACCUAAACGAGUGGUUCGACAGCGGAGAGAACUCAAACUCACGACAGCGAGACCAGAUGGGCCGAAUCAACAGGAAACUGGAGCAAAUGCAGGUUUCUGAAUAUAGCAGCGGUGAGAAGGGUAAUGAACAAGGGAAGAAGGCGAGUAGACCACCGCGAGACGAAAAAUCCAAGCACGAGUCGCCUGUCCAGAAGUUUAUUAACGACGACAAUGAGCGGAGAGACUCGGGGAUUGGGACCCAAGACGUACAGGCGCUGAAGAAGCGGCCGAAACUGUCGCCAACCACCAGUCACCUGCAGGACACUCUCGCUCCAACAAAUGUUCGAUCAGUGGUCAACCGCGCCGCAUCUAUGCUCUACCAGGCGCUGGAUGUCGAGGGCGUCAUGUUUAUCGACGCUAGCGUGUACGCCCGUCGUAAAGCCGUUGGAUCUAAUCAUGGCAAGAGACGGGACGCGUACAAUGUUGAGCAUCAGGAACGACAUGGUGGCAGCGAUGAGGACAUUCCCUCUGCAACAAAAGAUGACUCCCGAUUGAAUUCGCCCGCAUCAGAAGACGACGAGGAUGCACAUAGCCUCGUCCUAGGCCACUACACCACAUCCACAUCCGAAUUAGGCAUCAACCUCAGCGACAGCCACUAUGUCUCCCUCUCCGGAUCGUUCAUCAGUCAUCUCAUUGACCAAUACCCGCGGGGGAAAAUCUUUCACAUUGAAGAGGAUGGGUCCAUAUCCCUUAGCUACGAGGGCUUGGCCGAUGAGAUGCAACACCCCGGGGAAGGCGGCCGGGGUGCGCCGACCAGCGACCCGGACGUAAUCAACGUCAAGCAGGAGACUUCAGACAUCCAGCAGCUCAUGAAAGUCCUGCCAGACGCUCGGUGCGUAGCCAUCUAUCCUAUCUGGGACUUUCAGCGCGGCAGGUACUUCACAAUCAAUCUGGUGUGGGCCAAUGACCCCGGCCGGGUGCUAUCGGAGCCAAAAGACCUGACGUACCUGGCUGCCUUCAGCAACACCGUCAUGGCUGAGGUAUCCCGAUUAGAUCUGGAGGCAGCGGAUCGCGCAAAAGGGGACUUUAUCUCCUCCAUCUCGCAUGAAUUGCGGUCACCACUGCAUGGGCUCUUAGGGACCGUAGAGCUCCUGCAGGAGAUGGUGAGCGGCUACGCUCAACAUUCACUAAUUGAGACUGUAUACAGCUGCGGCCGGACCCUGCUAGAUACAUUGAACCAUCUCCUCGAUUACGCCAAAAUCAACACCCUUAGCCAACCCAAGCAAUUGGAAAAUCUCGGGCAAAAAGCUCUCUCUGAAGCGCGGCCCGCCGUGCCUGGGUCGCUGCAAGAUGAGGAUCUAGGCGUUUUGGUGCAGGAGGUGGUGGAAGGCAUCCUCGCAGGUGUUGAGUACCAGCGCCGCGGAGUUGAUGGCGGCAGUGGUGGACGACGAGGACCAUAUGGCAAUGCCAACUCCAGGCUUAUUACGAUCGUGGAUAUUGAAUGGAAUGAUAGCUGGCGUUACAGCGUGUAUGCUGGCGCCUGGAGGCGUGUUGUCAUGAACCUUUUCGGGAACGCCCUCAAGUACACUCAGACCGGCUACAUCCGACUCUUUAUGAGGAACGACACAUUAAAGCGCGACGGACAGAACGCCGAUCCGGCAAUAAGAAUGACCUUUAGUGAUUCAGGACGGGGCAUGUCCAAGGACUUCAUUGCCAACCACCUCUACACUGCUUUCCACCAGGAAGACACAACUUCGCCUGGCCUGGGCGUGGGACUACAUCUCGUCCACCAGAUCGUCAAAUCCCUAAACGGGACAAUUGAUUUUGCCAGCGAGCUUGGGAAGGGAACAGACGUCGACGUCGUCCUCCCAAUCAACCCACCAGAAGAUCCAGCGCCUGCAGCGCCCCUCUAUGACUCACUGAAAGAGAAAUUACAAGGCAAGACAAUUUCCCUAUUCACGCAGAGCUCAAAGCUGGGCAAUCUAGGUAUGGAUACUAGGGUCUUCAACAACAUGCUCAUCAGCCUCGGCCGCAUGACGACGGGCUGGUUUGGCUUGCGGGUCCUCACUCUGGAAGAAUAUGACCGCGGGGAGGCGGACUUUGCAAUCGUCACGGAGCACGAGUAUAAAACCUACUACCACAAGGGGUCAAGCAUGCCGAAAGAACAAGGGUCCGGUGAAAUCCAGCCAAUGUACCCGCUUAUUGUGCUCAGUGAGCGGGCGAGCAGCUGGAGAACGAUUGGCGAGAGCAUGGACGAGGUAAUCUUCCUGACGCAGCCGGUGAGCCCGAAAACACUGGCGACGGCGUUCGAGCACUGCCUGGCUGCCUCUACCACUGCACUCGAUCGCGCUGAAGAUUCGGAUCUUAUGCCCAUGCCGGAGAAGCGCAAGCAGUCUUCGCCUGUUGUGGAUGGCGAUAGUCCGAACAAGAAGACGGUUACUGAGACAAUGGUCGAUGGAGAGACGGAUAUCAAAACGGGGCCUGCUACUGACGGAAAAAUAGCCGGCGCAACAGCGGGAGCAGUGAACGGAGCAUCAUGCGCCAACGAUAACCCCGCCAGACACCGAAUUCUUCUUGUGGAAGACAACCAAGUAAACCUGAAAGUGAUCGAAAUGUGCGUUAAAACCGCAGGGUUCACUUACGAAACCGCCACGAACGGCCUCGAAGCUCUCGAGAGGUUCAAGGACACGCAGUUCGAUGUUGUGAUCAUGGACGUUUCCAUGCCCGUGAUGGACGGACUCACUGCCACGCGCGAGAUGCGCAAGUUUGAGCGCCGCUGCCGGAGUAACUGCGAGCAGAACCAGGAUCGCAAGCGUGCUACAAUCAUUGCGCUCACGGCUGUGCUUUCCGCGUCAACGCAGCAUGAGGCGACAGUUAGCGGGGUUGAUUUGUUUCUCACCAAGCCUGCGCCGUUGAAGCAAUUGAAGGAAAUUUUGGAAGACUUGAGGGAGGGAAAGGAGAUUGGCCAGGAGUGAGUUGGAUGUAUUUGAAUUCGAAUCUGAAUUCAACUCCGUUUGGGUCGGACUUGCACAUUAGCCAAAAGUUGUUCCUUGUAUUUUGCCAGCGAGUAGAUGUACGAUACUAAUGAUCAUGAUAGACGAAUAAUGCUGACAAUGACAUGACAUGACCUUUCUUU